AUGGCGACUUCGACUUCCUCUGCAGAAACUGGCCUAAAGGAGCAGUUCUUCCGUCACUUCCAAGAUACGGUCCAAUCUCUCCAAGAGCAAAUUGACAGCCUCAAAAACAAAUCGGCAUCUGGUAGCGAAUGUAACGAGAUUGUGGAUAAUUGUCUGGUUGGCAUUGAUCGGCUCUCUCAUGAAGUCAAGGAUGCCUCGACCUAUGUUCCUGCUUACGAUCAGAGAACCUACAGUCAGACAAUCAAAGCGCUUUCCGAGAGCCUUCAGGCUGCGAGAAGUUCGUUCAAUCCACCGCGAAGAUUCACUUUCAAGGCCCGAAAAGCUGCGACUACAACAAAGGAUCCUGAGGCUUCCAUCUUGGCUCAGCCUGGAUCAAGUCUCUCUAAGGUUUCUUCGGACACAACUAGCGAAACCUCUUCUGCAAUGUUCACAGAACAACAACAGACAACACUCACAGACUCUACAGACCCUCAGACCUAUGCUAGCAUAGUCCAUAGCACCGGCAUCCGUCGCCCCUCCUUUUCCCACACGACCCAAAUCGCACUCUCCCACUUCUCAGAUCUGCACAUUGUCCUUCCAUCUUCAGCAUCUCAUGCAACAGCUGCAGGCACACUUUCCCAUCUCUCGCACUGCAUCAUCGAUUUGUCUGCCGCCACAGCCUCCAACACGCCAUUUGCUGCACUAUACCUGAAAGACAUACAAGAUUCGUUGAUCAUAUGCGGCCAAGUCGCCGGCGCAAUCCACAUUACAGAUAUCAAGCACAGCGUGCUUGUGACUGCGUGUCGCCAGUUCCGUAUGCAUGGAUCGAUGGAUGUAGAUAUAUAUCUGCACACAAGUAGUCGACCUAUAUUUGAGGAUUGCAGCGAGUUGAGGUUCGCGCCAUUGCCAAAUGCGUUUAUUACCGAUGCGAUAUCACAACUGCCAAAUCAAUGGGAUCAGAUUGACGAUUUCAAGUGGUUGAAGGUAGGACCGAGUCCAAAUUUCAGCAUAAUAGCCGAGGAAAAGCGUAUUGGGUGCGACGUAUGGAGAAAGGUCAUUGCUGCUGAGGAAGAAGAUUUGAAUGAUCUGCUGGGAAUGAUACGGAAUCUGUUACAAGACUAA